CCGCCGCCGGCAGCGCACUUUCGCCUUCCAGUUGCCAAAGCUGCGGCAGGGGCGCUCCCUGUGCCCCGAGGCCCGGGGUUCCAGCCCGGCUCACCCGGCCCGCGGGCCAUGGAGCUCCGAGCAGCGGAUCAAGAGCAGCCGGCGGGUCCCAACCUGCCCGCGCGGUGCCUGGCUCCCACCCCUUCCCAGCCCUGGAGACAGCAGCCCCCGUGCUGCUGAGCGGCAGCCACAGCAUGAAGGCUCGGGGUCGGCUCCUGCUCGUCAUCCUGUGCUCUGCGGGCUUCUCCGCUGCCUAUAUCCUGCUGUGCUUCUGGGCCUGCCUGCCCUUCUGCCUGGCCUCUUGCCUGGGCCCCCACCCCUCCAACUCCAGGCCCACGGCGCCAGGGCCCCUGCACUUCAGUGGAUAUAGCCGAGUGCCAGAUGGGAAGCCACUAGUCCGAGGGCCGUGCCACAGCUGUGCCGUGGUGUCCAGCUCUGGCCAGAUGCUGGGCUCAGGCCUGGGCACCCAGAUCGAUGGUGCUGAGUGCGUGCUCCGCAUGAACCAGGCGCCCACCGUGGGCUUCGAGGUGGACGUGGGCCAGCGCAGCACCCUGCGCGUGAUCUCGCACACGACCGUGCCGCUGCUGCUCCGCAACUACUCGCACUACUUCCAGCAGCAGCCCCGCGACACGCUCUACGUGGUGUGGGGCCAGGGGAGGAACAUGGACCGCACGCUGGGCGGCCGCACCUACCGCGCGCUGCUGCAGCUCACCAAGAUGUACCCGGGCCUGCAGGUGUACACCUUCACCGAGCGCAUGAUGGCCUACUGCGACCAGGUCUUCCAGAACGAGACGGGCAAGAACCGGAGGCAGUCAGGCUCCUUCCUCAGCACCGGCUGGUUCACCAUGAUCCUCGCCCUGGAGCUAUGUGAGGAGAUCGUGGUCUAUGGGAUGGUCAGCGACAGCUACUGCAGGGAGAAGAGCCACCCCUCAGUGCCUUACCACUACUUCGAGAAGGGCCGGCUAGACGAGUGUCAGAUGUACCUGGCACACGAGCAGGCGCCCCGCAGCGCCCACCGCUUCAUCACCGAGAAGGCCGUGUUCUCCCGCUGGGCCAAGAAGAGGCCCAUCGUGUUCGCCCACCCGUCCUGGCGGACCCAGUAGCGCCGCUGCCCAGCCGGCCGCACCGCCUUCGCCAGGCCUCCGUUCCAUUCACUCAACCAAAACCUUUAAUUUAUGGAUCCUGCCUCUGCCACAUGCCGGGUGGACCUAGGUUUCCUUCCUGCCCUGCCGCGGGGACACCUGGAGCCGUCUGGGGCCUCCAGACUUGAAGGGGAGGAGAGGGGCCAUGGUGACCUGUGUACACUCCUCCAUCCCCCUCCCUGAAUAAGCUGAGUCUUUUUUUAUUUUUAA